CGGCAACGGCAACGGAAUAGCGCGCUUCGAAAUUUCAGUCCGACUCGCGUGCAUGCUUAUAAACGUCACGUGCAAGAGAUUUGAAAUUUUCGAUAAUUGUUGAAGAUGACUUUUCGUUUUUAGUUAUGUUUUGUUUUUUGUUUGCUGAGAGUGUGUGUGAAUUAGAAAAAUGGUGUCUUUGAAAAUUUGUUAAGGUCCGAUGGGAAGUACUUUAAUGGUUUUUACUUCAUUUCCCUCAUAAAGUUAGAUGGCUUCCAAGAUAAGCGGAAGCGGAAGUCAGUGCCAGAUGUUGGCGGGCGAGCAUCCAAGCUGGUCGAGUCCAUCGGUGAGCCCAUCUCCGCCGCCGCCGCCGUUGCCGCCUCCCGUGGCGGCCAGGUGGGCGCGCCUCGAACAGGGCAGAGACGAUUGCCCGCACUGCCGGGGACGGUUGGCAUCCUUGCCUACAAGAACGACUUCACUAAACAGUUACUCAGGAUGCAAAGAUCGCAACACGCCAAUACCAAGACACCACGAAAACGACGAAGACUCAUUCCCGGUGCUGUGCGACCGGGAGCUACAUUCCUUGCACAGAAACGUUCCAGCGCUAAGAAGACGGGACGUUGACACUGCCACUAUAAAGCAACACUAUUAUCCCGAAGGUGGCUGGGGAUGGUUGGUGUGCGGAGCUGCCUUUAUGGCUCAUCUCCUGACAUCAGGUCUCCAAUUAGCAUUUGGUUUGCUGUAUUUGUAUGUCAUGAAGUUCCUAAUAAGAAAAAACUUGGAAAAGGAUUUUUACAUCAUGGCCACAGCAUGGAUGGGCGCGAUAUGCCUGUGCGUUUCCUUCGUAACAGCACCCUUGAUAGUAGCUGUGUGCAGAAGAAAGUCGACUAGAUUGGCCGCAUUUAUCGGAGGAUUGCUCACUGCCCUGGCGUGUCUUUUCACGUCUUUCGCCGUGCAGUUUCAUCAGGCCCUGUUGAGUUACGGCAUAGUUCUGGGCAUAGGAGCUGGGAUUGUAAGAGAGACUAGCACGAUUGUGCUAGGGCAUUAUUUUAAGAGACGCAGGGAGUUCGUUGAGAUGGUAGCGCAGGCUGGAACUGGAGUGGGCAUUGCCCUGUUUUCUGUGCUAUACAAAGAGGCAGUUGGAAAAUUGGGUUGGCGCUUAGGCCUGCAAUCCAUUACAGGUUUACUGGCGAUAGCAUUUUUUCUACCCAUAGUCUACAGAUCUGCCAAUUUGUACCACCCCCAAAGAAGCGCAAUAAAUCAUUUAAAAAAUCAAAGAAAAAAGAUGAAGGAGAAAAAAUCGCAUGCCAAAGUUAAAAAACCGCCGAUGUUCGAUUUUACACCCUUAAGAAGUCGUGGACUAAGGGUUCUAAUUAUGGCCAGUGCGUUUGGGGCUUUGGGAAUGUAUGCUCCUAUUUUUUAUUUGGUUUAUCAAGGAUAUAAAGAAGGUUUAGAAGAUUCAGCCUUAGUUCUACUACAAACGUUUAUGGGAUUUGCUUCAGCAUUAGGUUGCGUUGGAUUUGGACUUAUAACAGUAAGGCCCAGUUCACAAUGCCUUAUUUCGAGACAGUAUUUAUGUCAAGCAGCCAUGGUAGGAAUAGGUAUUUCUCUGUUGGCUUUAAGCGCUGUACAAGGCUACCACGGGUAUGUUCUUUUUGUGUGGAUGUACGGAAUUUGUUUGGGCGGGUUCACUUACUCGCUGAAAAUGUUUGCAUUGGAACGCGUCAGAGGGCGCCACUUCACAAAAGCCUGGAGCUUCAUUCAGGGUGCUAAAUCUUUACCGGUUCUACUUGGUAUACCGAUCACCGGCUACAUUAACCAGACUUACCCCAAAGCAGGCUACUAUUUCAGUUUUGUGACCACUAUUAUAGGGGCUUCUCUUAUGUUUCUUGUUGGAACCAGAAAAGACCACCAACCCAGCACUCCAACCAACAACUGCAACCUAAACAGCUGCACCAUCUCCAACCUAAACAACUGCGCAUGUCCCUACAACAACAUCUACACGCACGAUUUACCACCGUACAAUUUCUAUCGCCAUGGCAGCAACCAUUACGAAAGAAUAUUCACGUCAUCGAAUUACAAUAGCUUUGAUAAGAACAGUUUUCACCGGAAUUCCUUUAGGAACCUAAAGCCUGACCAUCAUCCCCACCACAUACAGUACCUUCCGAAAAGUCUUAGUUACGCAGCAAAUAUAGAUCAAUCGGCCUAUACACACAACAGACAUAUUCACAGUCAUCAACCGGACUACAUAAGGUACGCUCAGUUGCCUCCCAGGCCUCCCAGAAGCAUUCUGAGACCCAGCAAAAGCGUACCUGAAGGUUUGGCAAGGUGGGACUACUAUGGCUCCUACAGAAGACCUGUCAUACGAAAUGUACAAGUUAUAGAGCAAAUUACUACGUCUGUUUAAAUGCAAACAACGAUUCGAUUAGGGAAAGUUAUUUUUUGUUUGUUGUUUAGCUUUUAAAAAAUGUUUUAUUAUUUAUUAGGUGAUAACUUGUGAUCAAUUAUUCAAAUUACUACCCCAAAA